CGAGAACCUAGUCUUAGAUAUCUGCAUGCCAAUGCUCUGCUAACCGCAUGUUCAACUUUCAAAAUAUCAAGCCAUCACAUCUUUGCCCUCAAUCCCCUCAUCCCGCAUCAUUCUACGUCACUAGUGCGCUAUGUCCCUCUUCCACUGGGGUCUUGGAGUUUAUGUGGUGCAUAAACUCCCUGCCGAUCAUAGCUAUACAUGCAAUCGCAUAUCUAGCUUCACCGUCUCUCAUCCUAAACAUCUGGUAUGCAGGCACUGCAUGCGAAGGGUCCAAGCACUUGGCGCCCCUCUUUUCUCUGGGCCUCACCCAACGGAUUGGAUCGGCCAACUGCAUGAUUUCAGCGGAUAGGCUCAAUGAGAGUGUUGAUGAGCUCGCAGUCUUUGGCGGACGCAAGCCAGCCGGAAGCGUGAUGCUUAAGGAUCUGGAUGCCAAGGCAGUGAGAUCAUGCUGGAACGACUAUUCGUCUUUCGUCAAGGUGAACCCGAGUGCGAAGCAGAGCGCGGUGGUCUUCCAGGUAUAUGAUGUCGCGAAGUCGCAGGAGCUCGAGUCUUUAGGAGGUGAGAGCGCGUACCCCCACCGUCAGUUCGGGAUUGUCGCGUUAGUAGUGGCAAAGUAUGAGGAUGCCCAUCUGGAUGCUGCGGCUGGAGAGUUUGUGGAUGAGACUCUACAGGUGCCUACCCCGAAGGAGGGAAAGAAUGUCUAUUCCAACAUUUCACGCGGUGGAGAGACACUGGAGGAGCUGUUUGGCAGUGCGGAGAGGGUGGAGCGUUUAAGGGAGAUCAAGAAGACUUGGGAUUCCUCGAACCAGUUUAAGGGAUUUGCAAGUUUACUAUAAAGGACAGAGAGGAAGACUCCGAAGCGUCGGAAAUAGACGUUAGGAUACAAUGGCUUUGAUUGGCAUUAUUGCGAGUGGCCAUAUUGUUGUAUUCAUUCUGAGGAUCCAUAACUACGACAAAUGACCUUCCAUGAUGAAUUCACUUCUGCCGUAAAUAACCUCCCAUAACAAAUCCAUCACUACAACAAAUAACCCUCCCAUGGCAGAUUCAUCCGUACAAACAAGUGAUGUCCCCCGACGAAUUAAUCAUUAUCACAAAUAACCUUCCAUAACAGACCCAUCAUUACCACAAAUUACCCUCCAUAGAAAACCCAUCAAAACAACAGAAU